AUGAUGGAGGGCGCCGCCCAGCUCCUGGCCGACGGAUUCGCCGGCUCCCCGCUCCUCGGGGCCAGCCCCUCCCACGGCAAUGAUGGAGGGCGCCGCCCAGCUCCCAGCCGAUGGAUUCGCCGGCUCCCCGCUCCUCGGGGCCAGCCCCUCCCCCGUGCCGGGUCGAGCAUCGGCUUGGAGGCCCUUGGGGCUGCCGCCGGUGCGGGAGUCCCGCGCGGCCGUGCGGGCUGGGGACCGAGCGGCGGGCCAGCCACCUGUGCCCCGUCCGCCCUGCUGCUGAGCCAUCCUUGUACCGUUGCACGCAUCUUCGCACCGCCCGGCCAGCCUCUGGUGCGCACCUCUGCUUUUACUAGCCACGAACCACGAGCAUCACCUGUUUGGUGUUGUGCCUACGAGCGUGUUGGAGAAAUCUGUGUCCAGAGGGUGGAGAAGAUUGAUGCGGAGAGGAAGACGAUGGCGACAGAGAGCGUGUGUACUCCAGCCUGUUGGAUUUAUCACAGAGGCCCCACUAAUUUGGCUUGA